UCCUUGCGUUCUCCCUUUCUCCGGGAUCGAAAAAAAAAAUCUUCUAGGAAGAAUUCUCGCGGUAAAACGCAGAACAGAAGUCUAUCUCCGUGGAAUCUGGUCAAAGUUCCUUACGCUCCACGGACGGUGACAAGACCGUUUCCCAUCGUUAUUAGUUCGCCAGCCGGAGCCCCUCCGGGAUUCCUGGCGGACAGCUAAGGCUCCUCCUCUCCCACCGACCUUACCAUUGUGAGAAGAAUCCAAAACCCUAGUGAGGGACGGGGACACUAGACUAGAGACGAAUAGAGAGCCAUGUCUUUGGGGUACGCGGAGAAGCUAUCGUACAGAGCAGAUGUGGGCACGGUGGGGAUGUCGGAGAUCUUCGACACACCGGAGGUUCUACAGCAGAAGAUUGAAGAGCUUGCCAUAAUGAUACAAAAGAGUAAACAUCUGGUAGCAUUUACAGGGGCAGGAAUAUCAACUUCUUGUGGCAUACCUGAUUUUCGAGGACCUAAAGGGGUCUGGACUCUUCAGCGUGCUGGCAAGGGUGUGCCUGAAGCAUCGCUACCAUUCCAUCGUGCAAUGCCAAGCUUGACUCAUAUGGCACUAGUUGAAUUGGAAAGAGCUGGUAUCUUAAAGUUUGUUAUCAGUCAGAAUGUAGACAGCCUUCAUCUACGAUCUGGUAUACCAAGAGAAAAACUUGCUGAAUUGCAUGGAAAUUGCUUCAGAGAACUUUGCCCUUCAUGUGGUACCGAGUACCUUAGAGAUUUUGAGGUGGAGACCAUUGGAAUGAAAGAGACAUCAAGACGUUGUGCUGACACAAAGUGUGGAGCCAAACUUAAGGACACAGUUCUUGAUUGGGAGGAUGCUUUACCGCCCAAGGAGAUGAAUCCUGCAGAGAAGCACUGCAGAACAGCCGACGUUGUGUUAUGUCUAGGGACUAGUUUGCAGAUAACUCCUGCUUGCAAUUUGCCUCUAAAAACUAUCCGCAAUGGAGGGGAAAUUUUAAUUGUAAAUCUUCAGCCAACUCCAAAGGACAAAAAGGCUACUCUGGUGAUCCAUGGGCAAGUAGAUAAGGUAAUUGCAGGUGCCAUGCACCUCCUUAAUCUCUGGAUUCCUCCUUAUAUCCGCAUCGACUUUGUCAAGCUCAGUCUUUCUCAUUCACCAAAAAGUAAGAAAACUUAUGUUAAAUGGUGCCUCAAAAUUGCAAGCAUACAUGGACAGAGAGCCCCAUUAGCAUUUCUCAAAUCAGCCGAGGUUUCCUUUCCUGAGAGACCAGACUUAAAGACUGCUUUCCUACAGAAGCAGCCAUUUUAUUUGAAAAGAGAGACAUUAAGGAAAAGACCAUUCAAAAUGCUGUUGACAUUCAACUUUAGUGAUGGUUGUGGCUGUUCAUGUACUACUAUCGAGUGGCCCAUCAAUUUUCAGGUCACAAAAGACAACUUUGUUCGUGAUAAAAACGAGGUCCUUCAAGAGCUAUGGGAUGCGGCUCACAAGGAAUCUGACUCUGGACAGCAUGCUGUUUUGGAGAGAAACGUCAAUCCCCGGUCUGAAGUCGCCAUAUAUGCUUUUGUGACAAACAUUCGUAGGUAUAGCGGUUCAGAAGAGGUCAAUGGAGUGGUUGAGGUCGCCCCUAGUAGCAACCGUAAUUUUGUGAUUAAAAGGUGCAGUGAAGGUGUGAAUGGCAGCCAAACAUCUCAGAAAAGACCCAAGUGGUCAUGAGCACCUAGCUUUUUUGGUUUUGGCCCUUUAUUCUAUGUAUAGGAUGAUGUAGCUACCGUCCUCAGGAAAAUUCCAGUAGACUGAUUAGGUACUGAUAAGAAUGAAAUUUUGGUGCAUGUACUUGGACAGGUUGGACGAAUUUUGCAUGGGACCACCCAGUCUACGUUGUUCAAAGGGGAAAAAAAAAAAAAGGCUAUCUAGAGACAAUGCCAUUUUGUAAAGUUUCUUAGUUCUUACGAGCUCUGAUAUAUAUUGAAGGUAUUCCCCAAA